GACGGCCCGCCCCGACUUCCCGCCGAUCUUAUGCAUGAAGUGUAAGGUAGUGUGGCAUGCUCUCAGAACCCGUUGUCAUCAUUAUUACCAUAGCAGUGGCAGUGGGCCUCGGCCGUGAUGAGCUACCAUGAUAAGCAUGCCUCUGUCCUUAUUUUCCUUCGCGUAGGUCGGUUAUCAUCACUUAAACGUUUGUUUGCUAUUGCUCCAUUUCAAGUCAUGGCAUAUUACUUCUUAGGAGCUCUACUUUGCCGUCCGUCCAUCUCUUUCCUUAAUUUUGACCUUACUACGAUGCAUGAAAAUCAUCACCAGUGUCAACCUGCAAGCCACAAUGACAUCGGAGAUAUUCUUCCUGAUAUGUGGGAAUCUAAGGUAGAGAGGUCUAUCCUCCGGACGCUCUCUGUCCAGCGGUCAAUGACAGACGCAACGCAACGGACACUCAAACCUCUUAAAAUAAAUCAGUUGGGAUCAUUACGACUGAUGUUUCACAUGACCGAAGGUCACAGCCAGCCUCACUCUGCCCUAGCGAUUAGUAUCACCCCAUAUAGGUCCUUGACAGCCAUGAAUAAUCUGACGCUUUACUUAGUGUCGGGGUUCUCAGGUGUCUGAUACCGUACAUCAAAUACGGUAAUAGAACAGUGGUAAUACAAUAACAGUAAGUUAUACUGCGUUUUUCCUUCUUUUAUUUUUACCGACCAUGUUUUUCGCAGGCUGAUAGGCUGGGCUAUUCUUCUUUGUCCCAACUUGUUGCCACGUUUUUUUUUGAACCCGAUCGGCGCGGUGCAUUGCCGUCCGCGUCUUUCCGUUGCCGCCAAAACCC